CCAGCAGCAGCACCACCAUCAUCAUCAUCAGCAGCACCACCAUCAUCAUCAGCAGCAGCACCAUCAUCAUCAGCAGCACCAGCACCACCACCACCACCGCCGGCUGACCAUGGGUGUGUGUGGACCUCACCUCGCCCCGCUGGACGCCCGCGAUGCUGACGGCGGCGAAGACGACGAAGACGACGACGAUGGCGGUGGUGGUGGUGGUGGUGGUGGGCACGGCGGGGGCAGGAGCGGUGGUGGUGGUGGUGGCCACGGUGGAGACAGCAGAGGCGGUGACAUCCUCCGUCCGCACGGACCCCACAGCGCUGCUCACCGCAAGCGACGAGGAGGAGACUACGACGAUGCCUCCUCCUCCUCCUCCUCGUCGUGGAGGAGGAGGAGGAGGUUGGAGCAGGAUGAGGAUGAGGAGGAUGAGGAUGAGGAGGCGUGUGCCACGUGGGGGUGGGUGGUGGUCUUCUCCUCCUUCUGGAUCCACGUCCUCACGCUCGGCUUCCAGAUGGCCGUGGGAGUCCUCAACGUGGCCUGGCUCCAGGAGUUCGGGGCCAGCAGAGGAACGACCGCCUGGGUUGGCUCCCUGUCCAUGGGCGUCACGCUGGUGGUGGGCCCUCUGGCUGGUCACCUCGUGGACCGCUAUGGCUGUCGCCCCGUGGCCUUAGUGGGCGGGGUCAUCACGGCCGCCUCCUGGGGCCUCAGCGCCUUCGCUCAGAGCAUCCACUUCCUGUUGCUGUCCUUCGGCAUUCUGGGAGGUAUCGGCAUGGGCCUCUCCUACCUGCCCGCCGUGGUGGCUGUUGGGCAGUACUUCCAGCGUCGCCGGCGGGCGCUGGCGCAGGGGCUGAGCACGACGGGCACCGGCGCCGGCACCUUCCUCGCCAACGUGGCCCUGCAGGCGCUGGGCGCCGCCUACGGCUGGCGCGGCGCCAUGCUCGUCAGCUCCGGCAUCAGCCUCAACCUCUGCGCUUGCGCCGCGCUCUUGCGCCCGCUGCCCGCCGGCACCGGCGGCGGCGCCGGCGCCGGUGCCGGUAAGGAGGGGUGGUGGUACGACACGGAGGAGGAGGGGGAGGAGUUGGGAGGGAGGUUUCGCUCCGCCCGCAUCGUCUACAGCGGGGAAGUUUUUGGCGGCGGCGGCGGCGGCGACGGCGGUUCGGCCGUCGGACUCGGCACGGAGUUCGUGGCCCGGUGCGGUGACAAUUCCGGCGGCCCGGACAAACCUCACGACGGCCACGGCGAGCGUGGUGACAGCCACGGCGACCGUGGCAACGGUGGCCGCCUCCCGGCACCGCUAUCCAACGCCGACGACGGCGACAGUCGCCGGCAGCAUCGCCCGGCGCCGCCGGAUCCAUCGGCCGUCCCCCUCCUCCCCCUCCUCCCCUACCCCUCGUCGGCCGUCCGUGGUGCCGAGCCACCGGCACCGGAGGCGGAGAGCCGGCGGAGGACGAGCAGGGUGCGGCGGCAGGGCCCCGUGCCGGCAUCACCACCGGCAUCGCCGCCACCGGCAUCACCACCACCAGCAGCGCCACCGUCGCCACCACCACUGCGGGCACUGGCAUCGCCGGCAUCGCCACCACCGGUAUCACCACCAGCAGCAGCACCACCACCACCGGUAUCACCACCAGCAGCAGCACCACCACCACCGGUAUCACCACCACCACCGGUAUCACCACCACCGGUAUCACCAGCAGCGCCACCGUCGCCACCACCACUGCGGGCACCGGCAUCGCUACGGUCGCCACGGUCGCCACCUCCAUCGCCGCCGCCGCCGCCACCACGGGAAGGCACCGGCGGCGUCACCGGCGUCACCGGCGUCACCGGCGUCACCGGCGCCACCGGCGUCACCGGCGUCACCGGCGUCACCGGCGGCGUGUUUGCGAACCGCUUCUUUGUCGCGUUCCUGCUGUGGGCGCUGUGCACCUACUGCAGCUUCGUGGUUCCCUUCGUCCACCUGCCCGAGAUGGUGGCGCUGGCCGGCUACGGCGCCCAGAACGAGCGCUUUGCCCUCACCUCCAUCAUCGGCGUGCUGCACAUGCUGGGCAAGGUGUCGCUGGGCGCUCUGAGCGACGUCCCCCACGUGGACACGUGGGGCCUCUUUGUGGCCACCAACGCGGCCCUGGGGCUCGCCAUCGGCCUGUUCCCCGUGGCGGCGCUGGGCGGCUACACCGGCAUGGCGUGCGCGUGCGCCGCCAUCGGCUUCGCCAGCGGCUACUUCUCGCUGCUGGCGUGCGUCACCGGAGACCUGGUGGGGACGCCUCGCCUGGCGCGAGCCUUCGGCCUGGUGCUGUUCGCGGAUGGAGUCUCGGCCACGCUGGGCCCGCCGCUGGCCGGCUGGCUGUACGACGCCACGCACAGCUACAGCUACCCCUUCUACGUGUGCGGCCUCCUCUACAUGGUCGGCACGGCGCUGCUUCUCACGAGGCCCUGCCUGGAGGCCCCGCCGGGCGCCGCAGGGGAGCUGCCGGAUCACCGCCGCCGUCACCGCCACCGUGGCGGUGGUGGCGGUGGCGGUGGUGGCGGUGGCGGUGGUGAUGGUGGCGGUGGUGGUGAUCGCCAGCGACGGGAUGCACGCUCAUCACGGCGCCCGUCCGUGGCCGUGUGAAGGUCGGAUUAGGGGUGUAGGGUUACUGGUAGUGGCUAGUGAAGGAGUUGGUUAGUGGCUAGUGAAGGAGUUGGUUAGUGGCUAGUGAAGGAGUUGGUUAGUGGCUAGUGAAGGAGUUGGUUAGUGGCUAGUGAAGGAGUUGAAGG